AUGCACCCACUCGCAUUGCUCUCCGUGCGGAACCAGUUCGCAGGAUCCUUUGUCGUGAACAUCAUCUCGCUGUCGCACGGAUUUGCCCUCGGUUGGGUGUCACCUUCGCUGGAGUAUCUGCAGUCAAACGGGACGCAUCUCACCAGUGGACCGAUCACGGUCGAACAGACAUCCUGGCUCGGAUCAUCCAUUUCGCUCGGUGCCGUAUUCGGAGUUGUGCUGUACGGUUUCAUCGCCGAUCGAUUCGGUAAACGCACUGCCCUUCAGUUGACCUUGGUCCCACAUGUGGUAAGGCAUCCAAGCCUUCAAACAUUAGCCACCGUAACCAUCGUACCGGUUUUCAAGGGUUUCUGGCUGUGCAUCAUCUUCGCCCGUGACGUCAUGGUUCUGUGUGUGGGACGGCUGCUGUCGGGAGCGGCCGGUGGUGGUAUCCUGCGCAUCGUGCCCCUAUUCAUCGCGGACAUAGCGGAUUGUCGCAUCCGUGGCAUGCUUGGAUCGCUGUUACCCGUCUGCCUUAACCUUGGCACCGUGCUGGCGUUUGUGCUGGGUACCUUCGUGCACUUCAGCACAUUCCCGCUGGUGGCGCUAGCAUUGCCGGUUUUCUUCGGAUUCACCAUCUGCUUGAUACCGGAAACGCCACCUUGCUUGCUACGUGCGCUCCGGAACGAGCGCGCUGAACGGUCGCUUAUGUUUUAUCGCGGCAUUCAGGGACAUUUCGCGAAGUCGGAUCCUUUCCGGGAUGAGUUCCGGCAGCUGCAGGAUGUGAUCGAGCGUGAACGAACGGCACCGGAUGCUGGACUGACGUGGCAGGAUUUCGCCACACAACCCGCUCGCCGAGGACUCGCACUUGCGAUGUUUCUCGUCCUGCUGAACCAAUGCUGCGGAUCGCUCGUCCUCAUCACCUACGCUACCACCAUUUUCGACCUUGCCAGCCCACCCACCCCCACCCACUCACAGCCCGUCCUGCCCGCCUCGCUUGCCUCCAUCACCCUGGCCACGGUACAACUCCUCGGAACGUUCAUCUCACUGGCCCUCAUCGACCGGAUCGGUCGCCGUAUCCUGCUGAUCGUGUCCUGUCUCGGUGUCUCCCUUGGGUACCUCAUCCUGGCCGCUUACGUCCAGCUAGUGCUACCCCUUGGCCCACCCAGCCCCCUCGGACAGCUGCUACCCAUCGUGAGCCUCUCCUUCAGCAUCCUGCUCGCCUCAAUCGGACUGCUUAGCGUUCCGUACAUCGUCAUGGCCGAGGUGUUGCCUGCGAAGAUAAGGAACGUCGGCAGCUCGAUCUGCAUCACGAUUGUGGCGUUUUGUGCGUUCGUGUUGCUAAAGAUUUUUCCGAUCCUGCUGGACACUAUCGGGCUGCCGGGUACGAUGGGUGGGUUGGCGAUGAUAUGCCUAAUUGGAACGCCCGUAAUCGCGUACUUUCUGCCGGAAACUCAGGGAAAAUCCCUGCUGCCAAAUACCACCCUGGAAGGGCAACCGACCGCGUAAUCGAUGCUCGUGCAUAAUUUUUGGUGGAUUUGUAGGUUUGGGGGCACUCUGACA